ACGCUUAAAAUUCCCAAACGCAAAAAUCUCCAUUGAGUGGAAUCAAAAUUAGAGAAUUUCGAAUUUUUAGAAUUUUCUUUUCUUUGAAUUUCCACUUCUAUAAAUAGACUCCUAAGAGUCCAGCACCAAGUAAAUGCAAUUCCUCCCCUUUCUUCUUCUUCCUUUCGAAACUUUGCAUUCCCAUUGUUCUUUCUUCAUUAUCAAGAAUUUCAAGAUCCACUCUGUCUUCAUUUCCCUGAUUAAUAGGUACAUUAUUAAUUCCAGCAAAUCUCCAUUGCUGGCCGAUCUAUAAAUUCUCUAUGAGAACUGCGGUCUGAAUAGAUCUUUGUUGUAGAAGAAAACUGCUACUAGCAAUGACUUUGGCUAAUGGCAAUGCUCACCAAGUUACCAACAACGGGGAUGUAAGCAAACCCUUCAAGAUUUUUGUUGGUUAUGAUCCACGUGAGGAUCUAGCCUAUGAGGUCUGUUGCCAUUCAAUCUUGAAACGCUCAUCAGUUCCUGUUGAGAUCACACCCAUUGUUCAGUCAGAUCUUAGGAAAAAAGGCCUUUAUUGGCGCGAAAGGGGUCCGUUGGAGAGCACUGAGUUCUCCUUUUCACGGUUCCUGACACCCUUCUUGGCAAAUUAUGAUGGUUGGGCAAUGUUUGUUGACUGCGAUUUCCUUUACUUAGCUGAUAUCAAGGAGUUAACUGAGUUGAUUGAUGAUAAAUACGCAAUCAUGUGUGUUCAUCAUGAUUACUCCCCGAAAGAGACCACGAAAAUGGACGGUGCUGUGCAGACUGUUUAUCCCCGGAAGAAUUGGUCUUCUAUGGUGUUGUACAAUUGUGGUCAUCCAAAGAACAAAGGGUUGACUCCAGAGGUUGUGAACAAGCAAACGGGUGCUUUUCUUCAUAGGUUUCAGUGGCUUGAAGAUGAUGAAAUUGGAUCAGUCCCGUUUGUUUGGAAUUUCCUUGAGGGGCAUAACAAGGUUAUUGAGAAUGACUCCACAACAUUUCCUAAAGCUAUACAUUAUACUCGUGGAGGGCCAUGGUUUGAGGCAUGGAAGAAUUGUGAGUUUGCUGAUCUUUGGGUUAAGGAGAUGCAAGAGUACAUGGAAGAAAAGAAGUCAAAUGCAAAUUAAUUCAAAUCUGCAUAGUGCAGUAGUAUUUUCUAGUAUCCGUUUUACUAGUAUGUCAAUUUACUCUUGCUCUAUAUUUUUUUAUAUAUUGAAUCUGUCUUGUGUAUCCAAGAUCUGAUUAUGCUUUAGGGAAGAGCUAUUUUCUCUAUGGUUUAGGGUUUUCAACAGGUAUUGCAGGCUAUACAUUCAUGCCUCAUCUUAUAUGUAAUUUUUCAAUUUUUUAUUUGUUCAAUUGACUGCAUUUGGGAUAUGAUCCCUAAUAUGUUAUGAAGUAUCAUUAAUUGUUUAA